CAACUGACCGAUAAAAUGGCACUGCUUGUCCUCAUCCUACUAUCGGUGACCAGCCCCUUGGGAUUUGGAAUCAGCACCACCGAAGUAGUGGAACGUCAGGUUACUGUGGGAUUGGAGACAGAAUUUGUUUCCACUACUGCCCCUGGUGAUCUAUUUCAAACUUCAUCUGCUGAGUUACCAGUGGUUUAUUCAGUUUCACCGACAACAGAAGAAACUACUGAUGGACCCACUUCCACAUCUGAACACAACACUGUCUCGACUGUUAUUACCACCGAUAUAAGUGAAACUCAAGUGAAGGAGUCUGACAGUUAUUCAACACCAGUCGACGAAAACACAAGCGAGACCACAUCCAUAUCUCUACAAAUGAGAACAGCACCCCCACAGCACCCCUGUGUGAUUGAUGUGGACGAGAGUGAACCGGAAUUUCAGCGUUAUGUGUGCACGGGAAAUUGGGUCAUUUCACUUAUCGCCACCACUUUUCUGCUUACCAUGAUAUUCUUUGCUGUUUUAAAAAACACUCUCACAUGGGGCUUCGUAAACUUGGUUGAUGUACGGAAAGCUGGUGUGAGUUUCCCACAACGACCCGAGCUAAUUGUUCUCCUUUGUUCUACCAUACCAACGAUCUUCACAACGAUUGCCCGACCACUGUUCUACCCCUACCCACUGAGGUACGCCCAGUUUAUCAGCGAGGUUGGAUGCAUGCAGGCGCGGCAGUUCUUUGAUCUGUUCGCCCGCACUGCAGCCGUCUACCACAUGGUCUUUUGGGCCUACCGCAUGCCAAUUAUCCGCUGGCUCUGGAGAAACUACCUACGUUUCAACGCCUUCCGAGCAGUGUGGACCAAGGAGCACAUUAUUGAGGUGUUGCGUGACAAGUUUGCUCCUGAGAAAGACGAUAAGUUCCGUCGGAUGUUUCAGAACUCUCCUGAAUCCAUGUUCUACUACGCUCAGUUCCUCCAGUCCGGCCUUCCAAUGCAGUACUUGCAAAGUCUCAUGAAACCGGGUAACCGGAGUCCCUCGAUGUCCACAGCAGCCAUUGAUGGGUUGAUGGGUCCCAAUCAGGCAUUGGUAGGGGGAGGGCACUUGCGGCCUGGAGGCGGAGAUGGAUCCGACGUCCUUCCACGUGUCAAUCUCGGCCACCUUCUCAACAUCGGCUCCGACGAAAACACUUCUCCCAAAAUAACGCACUAUGGGAGUUUCCUAGGUGCGGGGGGCACUUCUCCUUCAAAACUAUCCAGCGGUGCCUUUUAUUUGCCUCAAGGAGGCUCACACCAGGUUUCACGCAACACUAGCUUCCGCGGGUCGGCCCAAAAUCGACCAGUGCCACUCCUAUUGAACACAGAGGCGGGGUUCAGUCAGCAUCUGUCGCCAGACGAUGCAGCGAAUUCCGCGAUGUUUGACAGACAAAGUUCUAGUUCGCCCGACAUGCACUCACUCACAUUACCGCCAGCAUUUUCGAGUCAGGAAUUGCUCUUUCCUGGACACGGUCAGCCCUUAGGCUUGGACUUUCUUGCCCCUAAUGAAAAGAAGGCAAAAGAUGAUGAAAGUAUUAUUAAGCCACCAAGCCGGGAGUUCGUAUACAUCUGCAAGCAUGCCAUACCUGGGGUGAUCUAUCUUCUCUCGAUAUUUGCUACCCUUCCCUCCAUAUUUGGCUUCGACAUGUAUCAAUAUGAGAGCAAAAUUACCACUGCUUACUUCUACUUCGACUUUAUUUUUAUCGUCCUUUUUCCAAUGAUUCUAAUCACGGCCGCUUUCUACCACGGCGUGCUUGCCAAGACCCAGCUUAACGGGGGCCCAAAGAUGCGGUUCCGGUUGCGGUGCUACUACGUCAACUUUGUUGUGCUUAACAUGCCAAUGCUCUUCCUUAUGACCACAGCAAUGGCCUAUCGCAUAACCCUGAGUCGCGUAGUAGAGACUGAAAUGUAUGGAACUGGCAUUGUGAUUGCACUAACCGCUUAUCAUGCUCAAUUUGUACUGAAGACAACAGUCUACACCACAGGAUGCAAUUGCAUUUGCUGCCCGGAGAGGUGCCUAAACAGAAAUCCCCGCUUACGAAACUGCAUAAUCACGAUGGUGACUCCUAGGAAUAAGGCCGCUCUCCCAGCAAACAAGGACGAUGGUGAAACCGAAGACGAAUUUGACGCCGAAGAAGACGAGCAAAAGAAAACAGUCCCAAGGGACCCAUUUGGCCAAGGAACGGAAAUUCAAAUUACGCCUCCCGAAACAGCUGUUUAA